ACAGACUUUAUGUUGCACAGCCUCGACUAAACGAUUUCUCAACGACGUGAAACAUCAACAAGUCACUACUCAAGGUAUCGUUGUAGAUAUAACGCGUUAUGUACGUUUAAAAUCGGCUUGUUUAAAUGUGUUACUUCCGUUAUAUUUUUCACGUAUGAUUUUUAGAGACAGAUAAACUGCAUCCUUUUAAAACAUUGAAAAAAGCAGCACCACUCUGUGCUAACUGUCGGCUGUACAUAUUUGGACGAAAUUCUUCUGCCUCUCCUGAACAUGAGAAAUCUCAUGUAACAACUGAAAGCGGAGUUUAGCUCUUGUGUUGUCUGGUUUGGUUUAGUUAGUAAGUUGAAGUCAAGUAGCCCUUGACAGAGCAGACAUGGCCAACAGCAGCACUGUAGACAUGGAUCCAGAUGUUGCUCUGAGGCUGUUUGAGGAGGGAGCCACCCUGGUGCUGCUGGGUGUUCCUAAGGGCACAGAGUUGGGGAUUGACUGCAAGAGUUGGCAGGUGGGUCCUCGCUUUCGGGGAGUGAAGAUGAUCCCUCCAGGCCUGCACUUCCUUCACUACAGCUCUGUUAACCCGCCGAGCUGUGGAGGAGAAGUUGGCCCAAAGACAGGCCUCUUCCUCUCUCUAAAACCCAGAGAGAUCGUGUUGGCUAACUGGGAUCCCAAGGAAGAAGAUCUGGACUUUUCCGCCUCCAAGAAUGAAGAGGAGGUGAGCCGCAUCCGGGCGACCUUGCAAGAGCUGGAUCCUUACCUGGGUCCCUACCCAUACGAGGUGAUGAGAAAGUGGGUGUCCCUCACUGACCGCCUGAGCAAGGAGGUGGCCGAUAACCUACAGCCUCUGUCUGGUCGAAUAUGUGCUUACAGUGAUGUCAUUCCUGAGAUUGAGUUCAGACACACCAAAGACAGGGCAGAGCAGCCGAGGAACGACACAGCCUGUCAGAGCAUGAGAGAGGGACUCGACAGGCUCCCCAAGAUGAAGCAAAGGGAGGGGACAGAGUUGCGCUUCUCUGUUAUCCCCGAGAAAACCUACCCACCUGGGGCGACACCAGCCGAGAUCACCCAGUGCAGUCUGGACCUGAGCUAUGCCCUGGAGACUGUGUUGGAGAAGAACCAUGAGCUGCAGCCUCUCAACCUGCUAGGUGAGCUGCAAUUUGCCUUUGUAUGCUUCCUGAUUGGAAAUGUGUACGAGGGCUUUGAGCACUGGAAGUGUCUCCUGGCUCUGUUGUGUCGCUCAGAGGAUUCCAUGAGGAAGCGUAAGGAACUCUAUCUGGGGCUCAUCGCCGUGCUCUACCACCAGCUUGGAGAAAUCCCGCCUGACUUCUUUGUCGACAUCGUGUCACAGAGCAACUUCCUCACGUCCACGCUGCAGGACUUUUUCCAGUAUGUCAGUGGACCUGGUGUUGACGGCACGCUCCGAAAGAGAGCAGAGAAGUUCAAAGCCCACCUGACCAAGAAGUUUCGCUGGGAUUUCGAUGCAGACUUGGAUGACUGCGCCCCUGUGGUGGUGGAGCUGCCAGAAGGUGUUACAGUCGACUGAAACUACUCUGCUAUGGACUUAACAUUCAUCCUGGAAGCAUAAGCAACGUAUUAAGUCAUCCUGAGUGUUACAGUGAGGGUAUGGCUGCUGUGUACUAAAUGUCAGUGGUGCCCUCUGGUGGCGGAUUUCUCUAAGCUCAGCAAGCAUGUUGUCUUGUGUUGCUUAGUAGUUUUAUAGCCACAGUUGCAGUUUACCAAAACCAGUCCCCUAGUAUUUUUUUUUUUGCUUUAAUUUAAAAUAGUUGUUGAAUUAAUAAAUGGUAAGAAUUAUAAAUAAUAUACAUAAACCUGUCAUCUUCAUCAGUGAUAGAGCAUUUAAAAGUUCAACACUUAAGGAGCUCUAAUUGUGAACUGUAAACUUCAAAUCACCCGACUUUCUUUAUAAGAUAUACAGGAUUUGUUAGAGGACAGUAAACACUUUGUAGUGUGUGGUUGUAGUGGUUUUAUACCUCAUACAUAAAUAUUGUUUUAUGUUGCUGAAUCCUUUUUGUUUCAUGAAGUCACACUGGAAAAUGGCAGUUGUGGUUUGUAAUGUUAAAUUUGUCAAACAUGAAGAUCACAUCUCAGCUAAUUUACUUUUCUAUGACCCAUUUGAUACAAAAUUUCCUUUAAUAAAAACAACACUUUUGAUACAAAA